UUUACUUCCCCUUCCUCUAUUUCGUUCGGUCGGCUUUAUUCCUUCGCACGAGUGUAGAAUUUUUCACUGGUUCUUCUUCCUCGCCGUGCGACUUUGCUCCUUCGACGAUAUUACCUUCCUGUUCUGUUGGAUCGGAAGUUACGACAUUUUUUUUUAUCUGAAGCAACAACGGGAGCUCGCUUGCUGUGUGAAGGACGUGCUGAAUGGACAUCAUUUCUCAGCUGCAAGAGCAAGCCAAUUCUAUUGCCCUUAUUGCUUUGAAUACGUUUGGUACGCUGCAAAGAGAUGCACCACCUGUCCGGCUUUCCCCAAAUUAUCCUGAGCCGCCUGCUAAUCCUUCAGAGGAGACCAUCAACAUUACAGAACAACCAAAGACAAUGAGUGCUGCUUUGGUUCAAGCCGCCAAGAAGUUUGACGCGCUUAUUGCUGCCCUGCCUUUAGAAGGAGGCGAAGAGGCACAGUUGAAGAGAAUAGCUGAGCUCCAGGCAGAGAAUGAAUUAGUAGGUCUUGAACUUCAGAAACAGCUUGAAGCUGCAGCAGAGCAGGAACUGAAACUGGUUCAGGCGUUGUUUAGUCAAGCAUCAGACAAUUGUCUGAAUUUGAAGAAACCAGACUGAUAUCACUACUGUGCAAUGCAGAGCCAGAGAGCCUCACGGUUAGUUAAUGAAAUAAUUCAUAUCUAUUGCUUAUAUAUUAUUGUAAAAUUUCAAUGUGGAAGCAAAAAGCAGAAAAGAAAAUGUGAUUUUU